CUCUCCUCCUGGCCUUUGCACUUUGACGAGCCAUUCCCUUGAUCAUCAGGACAACAAGCCGCAACGCGCAACAACCGUCAAGAUGCCUUUCCACAAGUUGGUCAAGAACAGCGCGUACUACAGCCGCUACCAAACCAAGUACAAGCGUCGCCAGCAAGGCAAGACCGACUACUACGCCCGCAAGCGCCUCAUCACCCAGGCCAAGAACAAGUACAAUGCGCCCAAGUACCGCAUGGUCGUCCGCUUCACCAACAAGGACAUCAUCACCCAGAUUGUGACCUCUGAGAUCUCCGGUGACAAGGUCUUCGCUGCCGCCUACGGCCACGAGCUCAAGGCCUACGGCAUCGAGCACGGUCUCACCAACUGGGCUGCCGCCUACGCCACUGGUCUCCUCCUGGCCCGCCGUGUCCUCAGCAAGCUCGGCCUCGACAAGCAGUUCACUGGUGUCGAGGAGGCCGACGGUGAGUUCACCCUCACCGAGGCCGCCGAGGGUGAGGAUGGCGAGGAGCGCCGCCCCUUCAAGGCCUUCCUCGAUGUCGGUCUUGCCCGCACCUCCACUGGUGCCCGUGUCUUCGGUGCCAUGAAGGGUGCCUCGGACGGUGGUAUCCUCAUCCCCCACUCCGACAAGCGUUUCCCCGGCUACGACAUGGAGUCCAAGGAGCUCGACGCCGACACCCUCCGCCGCUACAUCUUCGGUGGCCACGUGGCCGAGUACAUGGAGACCCUCGCCGACGACGACGAGGAGCGCUUCGCCUCCCAGUUCCAGCAGUACGUCGACGACGACGUUGAGGCUGACGGUCUCGAGGACCUCUACGCCGAGGCCCACAAGGCCAUCCGCGAGGACCCCUGGAAGAAGGCCGAGUCCGACGCCCCCAAGAAGUCCAAGGACGAGUGGAAGGAGAUCUCCAAGAAGCACAAGGACCGCAAGCUGACCAAGGAGGAGAAGGAGGCUGGCAUCAAGGAGCGCAUCCAGGAGAUCCUGGACGAGGAGUAAAGUGCUAUCGUUGUCCGCUUCAAUCUAUCGCAAGGGUUUACUUCACGGCUUGGGCCUGGUUUCGGAGUUUUGUGCAGAUGGUCUGCCUAUGGUCAAUGAAUAAAAGUAUCAUGAGUCCACGUCCAAUUGCCUGGUCUCCCUGCGACGCAGAACUUCCGCUCUCUAAUAUCAUGUGGUUGUUUGAAGC